CUUGAUUGAAAACUAGGCCAGUCCAAGCUAUAUAAACACUAAUUUCUUGGAGAUAUUUAGGAGCCAAACUUUACUCAAUUCAGAAUUGUGUCUCUCUUUAGAGAUGUCUCAGUUAUUUCUCAUUCUCUGCUUCAUUCUAACUCAUUUCUUUGCCAUAGCCACUUCUCUAAACGAUCAAGGUCUUGCUCUUCUUUCCUUUAAACAAUCCAUACAAAACCAGAGUGACUCUGUUUUUACCAAUUGGAACUCUUCAGAUUCAAACCCUUGUUCUUGGCAAGGUGUUACAUGUAAUUAUGAUAUGAGAGUUGUCUCGAUUCGUCUUCCUAAUAAACGUCUUUCGGGUUCUCUUGAUCCAUCCAUUGGAAGUCUCUUGUCCCUUCGUCACAUUAACCUAAGAGACAAUGACUUUCAAGGGAAGUUACCUGUGGAACUCUUUGGACUUAAAGGGCUUCAAAGCUUGGUGCUUUCUGGAAAUUCUUUUUCCGGGUUUGUCCCAGAAGAGAUUGGUAGCUUGAAGAGUCUAAUGACUCUGGAUCUUUCGGAGAAUUCUUUCAACGGUUCGAUUUCUUUGUCGCUUAUUCCAUGCAAGAAGCUGAAAACGCUUGUUCUUAGCAAGAACAGUUUCUCUGGAGAUCUUCCAACAGGGUUAGGUUCUAACUUGGUUCAUCUUCGGACACUGAAUCUUUCUUUCAAUCGCUUGACUGGAACGAUCCCCGAAGAUGUAGGAAGUCUGGAGAAUCUGAAAGGUACACUUGAUCUUUCUCAUAACUUCUUCUCAGGUAUGAUUCCAACAAGUCUUGGAAAUCUCCCUGAGCUUCUCUAUGUCGAUCUUUCUUACAAUAAUCUCAGUGGUCCGAUACCAAAAUUCAACGUUCUGUUGAAUGCCGGUCCAAAUGCUUUCCAAGGGAACCCUUUCCUCUGUGGAUUACCGAUAAAGAUUUCUUGCAGCACAAGAAACACACAAGUAGUUCCUUCUCAACUAUAUACAAGAAGAGCCAACCAUCAUUCUAGACUCUGCAUCAUCCUUACAGCCACUGGAGGCACAGUCGCCGGAAUCAUUUUUCUUGCUUCAUUAUUCAUCUACUAUCUCCGAAAAGCAUCGGCUCGUGCAAACAAAGAUCAAAACAACCGAACAUGUCAUAUAAACGAGAAACUGAAGAAGACGACAAAGCCAGAGUUUCUCUGUUUCAAGACUGGGAAUUCAGAAUCUGAAACGCUAGAUGAGAACAAAAAUCAACAAGUUUUCAUGCCAAUGGACCCGGAAAUCGAAUUUGACCUCGACCAGCUUCUAAAAGCCUCGGCUUUUCUUCUAGGGAAGAGCAGGAUCGGGCUUGUGUACAAGGUAGUUCUUGAAAAUGGAUUAAUGUUAGCCGUUAGACGAUUAGAAGAUAAAGGUUGGCUACGGCUCAAAGAGUUUCUAGCUGAUGUCGAAGCAAUGGCGAAAAUCAAGCACCCUAAUGUCUUGAAUCUCAAGGCUUGUUGCUGGUCUCCUGAAGAGAAACUCCUGAUUUAUGAUUACAUACCAAAUGGUGACCUUGGUUCUGCAAUUCAAGGUAGACCUGGUAGCGUGUCAUGCAAGCAACUAACCUGGACGGUCCGGUUAAAAAUAUUGAGAGGAAUAGCAAAAGGAUUAACUUAUAUUCAUGAGUUUAGUCCCAAAAGGUAUGUCCAUGGACAUAUAAACACAAGCAACAUACUUCUAGGACCGAAUCUUGAACCGAAAGUAUCCGGUUUCGGUCUAGGUCGUAUCGUCGACACGUCUUCAGAUAUCAGAUCAGACCAAAUCUCUCCCAUGGAGACAAGCUCACCAAUCCUCUCUAGAGAAUCAUAUUACCAAGCUCCUGAAGCAGCUUCAAAAAUGACUAAACCGUCUCAGAAAUGGGAUGUGUAUUCAUUCGGUUUAGUGAUACUCGAAAUGGUAACCGGAAAAUCUCCGGUUAGUUCAGAAAUGGAUUUGGUUAUGUGGGUUGAAUCGGCUAGUGAGAGAAAUAAACCGGCUUGGUAUGUUCUUGAUCCGGUUUUAGCUCGUGAUAGAGAUUUGGAAGAUAGUAUGGUUCAAGUCAUCAAGAUCGGUUUAGCUUGUGUGCAGAAGAACCCAGAUAAAAGACCACACAUGAGAAGUGUAUUGGAGAGCUUCGAGAAAUUGGUAACUUCUAUUUAAUUAUUAUUAAUUAAUGAAAAGUAAUAAUUUUAAUUAGAUUAUGUGUUUACUUCAUAAUUUUCAGAUUACUUCAUAAAUUUCAUGUGAUAAUUUUUAUGGUUUUUCUGUUAAUCAUUCAUAAUUGUGAUAUUAUUAUGAAAAAUAAAAGGACACAAGGGAGGAUAUUUUUAUUGAACUUAUAUAAUUAACAAAACUGUUAAUACAGUACAAAAUUAACAUAAUGCUUUAAAAAUCUUUUACCCAAACCCGACCCGGAAUUAUGAACCGGAGCUUUUUUUCAUAGGUCAAAUCUCUCUUUGAUGUCAUCGAAACUGUACCCGCCGCCAACUCCAAAUCCGUAUCCAAACCCGAACCCGAUACCACAACCAAUACCGAAUCCAAGAACCACGUUAGAAUGGUCAAGUCCUUCAGAGGCACCUAUUCCGAGCCCGCCGGAGAGACCAAUGCCGAUUCCAGCGCCGCAGCCAAUGCCGCCGCCGAUUCCGGGACCGACGGUUGUUGUCUUGAUGUUAUCGAUUUGUGUACGGAGGAAUCUGGUAACCGGAAAUUCUGAUUUCCCGGUUUUGACGUCUGGUUUACGGCUCCAGAGUUUAUUAGUUGAUCCCAUUGGUUUUGUGAUUGGGCAAAUGACGAUCACUGAAUUGUGAAUUUAUGAGUGAUGAGAAAAUCAGAUAAGAUUUGAGAAAAAAGAUGAAUAUGCGUUGAGGUAUUUAUUGGGCUUAUUGUCGCAUAUAUUGGGCUUUAACCCAUUUAAGUCUCUACAGAUUCUCUCCUAUUUAUCAGUUUUUUUUAAUGAUAAAAG